AUGAAGCAUUGCCUUGUCUCAUUUCCGAGCCUGGGCAUUCUCCUGGUGCUUAUCAACAGACCGCUGGCUUUAAACUGCCUGUCCAAUGAAGCGAGCAAUGAACUUGACUCCGUCUUCAGAUGGUUUGACCGGGAGCAAAGCCUUCGCGUAGCUGUGAUAAGCGGAGUGGGAAAGGCGUUCUGCGUUGGUGCUGAUCUCAAGGAAUGGAUGGCAAACCAUAAAAAGGGAAUCUCAAUGAAGCUUCCCGAGAACGGAUUCGGCGGCCUGUCACUCAGAGGUGGCAAGAAACCCGUGAUUGCAGCAGUGAAUGGCCCCGCGUAUGGAGGCGGGUGCGAAAUGGCCGUCAACUGCGACAUGGUCGUGGCGUCGUCAACAGCAACCUUCGGCUUGCCUGAGGUUAAACGAGGCGUGACUCCUUUCGCGGGAGCGCUACCUCGGAUCAUGAGGACCGCCGGGAAGCAGCGCGCAACUGAGUUGGCGUUGACGGGUAGGCCAGUGAGUGCACAAGAAUUCAAGGAUUGGGGUCUCUGUAAUCACGUCGUUGAAGAAGGAAAGUGUGUCGUGGAGAAGGCAAUUGAGUAUGCUAAAAUGAUUGCCAACAACAGCCCCGAUGCGUCAAUCGUGACACGCCAGGGGCUUAAGCUUGGAUGGGAGGCCUUGGGCGUUGUAGAUGCUAGUCGAGUCUUCUUGGAAGGUUGGAGCAACCGGAUUUACGAUGGUCCUAAUAUGCAGGAGGGCUUAGAUGCAUUUACGGAGAAGCGAGAGCCGCGUUGGAAGGACAGCAAACUAUAG